ACCAACAAAAAUGACGUUCAACUGUUUCUUAUACCCAUUCUCUGUUCUCCUCAUUUCCUAUUCUGUUUUAGCUCAAAGUUUGAAACCAGAUGAAGAAAUCCAAAGGUCUGCAUUCCCAAAUGACUUCUUCUUUGGAGCUGCGACUUCAUCUUAUCAGGUUGAAGGUGCUUAUCUUCAAGAUGGUAAGGGCCUAAGCAACUGGGAUGUUUUCACAAAAAUUCCAGGAAAAAUAGAGGAUAAUGCUAACGGAGACGUUGCAGACGACCAUUACAAUCUCUACUUGGAAGACAUUGAGCUGAUGCAUUCCUUAGGCAUAAGGGGAUACCGGUUCUCCAUUUCUUGGUCCAGAAUUCUACCUGAUGGGAUGCUCGGCACGCCCAAUCCAAGCGGGAUCACGUUUUAUAACAAGCUUAUAAACCACCUAGUAAGCAAAGGAAUAGAACCAUUUGUGACAAUUCACCACACUGACCUGCCCUAUAUGCUAGAAGCAAGAGAUGGGGGCUGGCUUAGUCCGCUAUUACGGGAAGAAUUUGCUCGUUUUGCCACCAUAUGCUUCAAGAAUUUUGGGGAUAGGGUGAGGUACUGGGUUACCAUAAACGAGCCCAAUCUCAUAGCUGAUUUAGCCUAUAUAAGAGGAAUAUUUCCACCAGCUCGUUGUUCACCGCCGUUUGGUAAUUGUUCCACUGGAAAUUCUGAUGUGGAGCCUCUCAUUGCAAUGCACAACAUGUUAAUAGCACAUGGCAUGGCCGUUGACAUCUAUCGUAGUUUUUUUUGGCCAAAACAACAGGGGUUUAUUGGAAUUGUUUCGAGUGCUUUCAUGUAUGAACCGCUUAGAGAUGAAGAAAGAGAUCGGCUUGCUGCUGAUAGAGCCUUGGCUUUCAAUGUGGCCUGGAUGCUUGAUCCACUAAUAUAUGGAGAUUAUCCUGCUGAAAUGCGCCAAUGUCAUGGCUUGGCAUUGCCAAAGUUUUCGGCCAAUGAGAAAAGGCUUUUAAGAGGAAGCAUAGAUUUCAUUGGUGUCAACCACUAUUCAACUCUAUAUGUCAAGGACUGUAUCAACUCUACUUGCCCCUCCGGCGGUGACCGUCCCAUUAGAGGCUUUCUCAACACAACUUCGUAUCGAGAUGGCGUUCCCAUUGGAGAACCGACUGGUACGUCGUAUUUAUUUGUUGUUCCAAGAGGGAUGGAGGAGAUCAUCGACUAUCUUAAACGAAGAUAUCAUAACGUGCCCAUGUUUGUUACUGAAAAUGGAUACACUUUACCAGCACAACAAAAUGAAUUACAAGACAUGGGUCGGAUCAAUUUUCACAAAGCUUACCUUGUCUCUUUAGCCAGAGCAAUAAGGAAGGGGGCUAAUGUACGUGGAUAUUUCAUUUGGUCCUUGAUGGAUAAUUUUGAAUGGCUAAGUGGAUACACCUCAAGAUUUGGUUUAUAUUAUGUCGAUCGUCAAACACUUGAACGAACUCCAAAGCUUUCUGCAAAAUGGUUUGCUAGUUUUCUCAAAAACAAUACUCAUAACGAGAAGGAAGAAAAUUGUGCAGCUGCUUCAUCGGUUCAGGGUUGAAAGGCCCCCAUCUUUGUUUGUGGGAAUCUUGAACAAGGACCAGCUCCCUAGCCCUCAGGCCAUGUUCUUUGUUGUCUGUAAGGGGAUGACGUUUGGGUCUCUUAUGCCGCGUCUCUCUGUGUUGCCCUAUUAUCUCUAUGGUUACCUUUGUUUGCUGGUUAGUCUGCAAUCGCUUUCUGUACACCUCUUGGUUUGGGCCCUGAUUAUGAGUUUAUCCAGUCUUUAAUAAAAAAUAAAAAUAAAAUAAAAUAAAAAAAUAAA